AUGUUAAGUCUCGUCAGGCGAUUCAAACUGGAGUCGGGGGCUGGCCUGGCCGACGUCCAUGAGUUGUUGUCCGAAAGAUAUUAUAAGCAAAGAACAUACCACUACACGCCCCAAAAUAUUCUCGAGAAAUACUUCCUCACGCCUCCUGCACCAUGUAUGAUCACUCCAAUCACUCCGUCCGAGCGUAUCGCAAAUACCUUCGUCUGGCCAGAUUCCGCGAGGUUAGAUGCAACGGGCGUCACUGGUGCAGUUGAAGGCAAACCGACUGCCGAUCUUUACCAUAUGCCUUCAGCGCGCCUAAGAUUAGGACCAAAAGCGCCUUCACGUCAGACUCCAUACAACGCAUUCGGUGCAUCAGGCGCCCUGUCUCCAGCUUCCAGGAGCCCCUCAUCAUCCGACGCGAAGGUUGGGGUCUUUGUCGACGAUGCGAACUGGGGUGCCAUUCUGGAGGAGUGUAAACGCUACUACCAGACCUGCUGGCCCAGCACCUAUCUAAGACGGAGGAAUUCAGUCGGUGUGCAAUAUAAGUUGAUAAGUUUACAAGUCUUGGCUACAGGAUUGAACAGACAAUCGUGUCGGGUGCAGCGGCGGAUGAUCCGAUCAAAGCGAAGAGGUUGGGGCAGAGCCCAAUUGCACGUGAGGGAGGUGUCAUGGACUCGGAUGCUCACAAGCACACAUGGACUUUAGCCUGCCGAAACUCGAAAGACAACCCUGAGAGAGCUGCAGGAUUUAUCAGACCACUCUCAAAUCCCCUGAAUUACUUCAGGCUACUUCCGAUCGCCGCUACGCCAUGGAGCCUGUUCGCCCAGUGUACAGUGUGCAGAUUCAAAGAGCAAGCGAAAGGCCGGGGUCUCGUAGGACAUAGUGCUCCUUCCAAGAAGGGGCAAAGAGUUGGUGAUACUGUCGCUUGCAAGAGAAAGGUCUUAGGGUAUACAGUAGUUCAAUUUGUGGAAGAAACGUCGGCUGAGGCCUUUUGUGGUAAUUUUCAGAGAUAAGAAAUAUCGAAGUGCACUCCUGUGAGAAUCAGGCUGCAAAUUCUCAGCUGAAUGGGAGUCGGGGGCUUGCCGCGUGAGGAACAUUCGUAACA